UUCAGUCAUAAACAAUAUUCUUUGAAUUAAUCUUAACAUAAAAUUGCAUUUUACUUAAACUUGACUUUAUUUGACAGAUAGGGGUAGACUUUGCGCUAAAAGUAAUCAAUUGGGAUGAAAACACACUCAUUAGACUACAGUUAUGGGAUAUUGCGGGUCAGGAGAGGUUUGGGAAUAUGACGAGAGUUUAUUAUAAGGAAGCUGUCGGCGCUUUCCUGGUAUUUGACGUGAGCCGACCCCCAACUUUUGAAGCCAUACUCAAAUGGAAACACGAUUUGGACACUAAAGUGUGUUUACCCGAUGGUUCUCCCAUUCCCUGUCUCCUAUUAGCUAAUAAGUGCGAUAUGCCUAAGGAAGGGGCCGCCAAUAGUGCCGAUACUCUGGACAAGUUCUGUGAAGAGAACGGCUUCUGCGGCUGGUAUUACACGUCUGCCAAAGACAACGUCAAUGUCGACGAAUCGGCUAAAUAUUUAGUGGCAAAGAUACUGCAGAGACAGAAGACAUUGGCUUUGGAAGAGUCGACAAACAAAGACAUCUUGACUCUGGAUUACAGCAGUCAUGGCGACAGCACCAGAAGGCGAUGCAAUUGUUAGCCAUAUAUUCGUUAAAAUAUGGUUUAAUUUAUUAAAGAUUAAACAAUCAUUCACUGUUUUCGACAUACAUUUCUAUUUGAUUCAAUCUUCGGGUUCGUGACAAUGCCUUUCAUAUAUCGGAUCAAUAAGUCUCUCAU